ACUCAUUCUAUAUCCUCGUUCAUCUUCAUAUCCCCUCCCUUUCCUUCUUCUACUUGUAGCCAUGAAGAGGCUAGACAGAGCCAUGUUGGUAUCCAUCAGAGCCUCAGGAUCAGGUCCAGCUCGUCGUUCUGCUUCCUAUCGACCCCUCGUUUCGCUACAUUCCUCUGCCCGAGUUUUCUUACCUCGAAGUGGUCCGCCCAAAUCGUCAGGGCCCUCCAAUACCGUCGAUAGAAAGUCCCCCCUUACCUUAGCUCCUGACACCCUAGCGGCUCAUCGUCCAUAUCCUCCUCUGCCAAAGCCUGGUGGUUCUCCUGGUCCAGGUCCGCCGCCUUUGCCGUCCAGCUAUGAGGCUUUCGCUUUCAAUCUCACUUCCCCCACACCGUCGGAUCGUCCACUAGAUGAUUAUCUGAGACCCCUUCAAGCUCAUCUGUUAACCUCGUUUUUACCAGCAAGUGAUCAAGCUCUUGCCUUACUUUGUCCUUUCGAGGGAGGGGAAGACUAUGUGAUGGAAUCGCUGCAACAAGUUGCUGAUCACAUUGGGGCGGACUGCCUCCGUUUGGACCUUGCGCUUGCCAUCGGCCUGGACGGCCCAUCUGCGCCUCUGCACUCUAUGGGCCAUACUGCACCGUCUCUGCCCCAAAAAUCUAAUCCGCUCCUGCAGGAAAGAGCCGUUGGGCUUGUAGCGGAAGAUGACCCUGGGGAAGAAGUCACCUUUGAAGACGACGACACUGAAGGCUUCACUGGUUCUGGUGGCGUACUCAGAGUUCCGUUGAUGAUUGCAGGGCCGUCCAUGCCCAGUUUCGGUCCCGCUUCAUCGUCACCCGCCGCUGGUCCAAACGAGGAGUGGAUCGCCUUCUUCGAUAAAAUUAUCAAUCAGACUGCCAAUGAAACGGCUUCGCCUUCACAACCUCGUCCCCGAAUAAUCGUGCUCGAGUCUACAGCUGCCAUGGCGUCCACAUUUGAUGUAUGGUGGCCCUCAUUAUUGGAAGCCGUGAGAAAACGUAGAAAAGGUACGGUGACGACCCCUUCUGGUCGUCAGGGCCGUCAGACUUCGAAACAGAGCUCGAAACUGGUCGCUCCGACCUCUAUCGUGCUCUCCUGUACUCCAUCGCUUCUUGCCAGUCACAUCGGUGACCUGGUAGGGGAUGGGGCACUGGCGGACGAAGCUCCGACCGCUGGGAGAUCCGAGCUGGUGCAGGCGGCCCUCGAGGCCGCGGCUGAGCGGUUUGGGGUCGGUGUUACAAUUCAAUCUUCCCGCAACCUACAUGAUACCUCGACUGAAGGUAUGUGGCAUGGCAGUCUGGAGAAGGACGUCGUCGGUCGAAAUGAUCGCAAUCGUAGGAGGUUGACAGCCAUCAUGAAGUCCACCAAAAACGAUGGUGACAUCCGAGAGUGCCUGCCGCCUUUGGGUAUUCGCCCGUCUGGUUCGACCAGUCCGUCCUCUAUGAACCACCCUUUGUUAGGCGCAUUACUCCCUCAUCUAGCUCAAGGGCGUCAGGGCACAGAUACAAAUCCGGCGUCCUCCUCGAUCGUCUCCCGCGCGCUGCCUCUGGUGCCCCCGAAGCGAUCUCUCUCUCGCGAGUAUCUCCGUCGACAACUGAAUAGGCGAUGUGUCAGCUUGGCUAUUUUGUGCCGUGCUGUGCAUCAGGCCGGAGGGAAGUUGGUGGACCCUUUGACAGGGCUUGCGGAUGGUCUUGCAGCCCGUCUGCGACUUUCUUCUUCCAACACUUGGUGGGGGAACGCGGCAUUGCCGUAUUCGACAGCUCAACGACUCGCGAGCUCUGCCAUAGGGAGGGCCUUAUCCGUCGUCCCGGACUUGGCACGAGCUGGUUCGACUGUUGUCGAGCUCCGGUGGCAAGACAUCCGCGAGGCCUGGCAGUCUGACGAACAAGACGGAGAUCGCACAGCUCGCCUUCUCCAAGAACAUUUAGCGUCCCACAAGUCCCAACCCAGCGCGGACCAGAAAGCCAAACUUUCCGCCUCCGAUUCCAAUGCUGGGGCUCAGCGAGAUCGCCCUUCAGACUCCAUUGUCGAUAGCGUUAAACGCAACAAGAACCUGAGCUCUUACGAACGAAGACUUGUAAGCUGUAUCGUUGACACUCAAAAACUUUCGUCCACAUCGUUCGAUGAUGUACAUCUUCCUGACAAGACCAUCGACGCUAUCCGUACGGUGGUAUCGUUGCCUCUUUUAUUCCCCGAAGCCUUCCGAACUGGUCUUCUCCGUCAACACUCGACUGGAGGUGCACUUUUGUUUGGACCGCCCGGUACCGGAAAAACCUUACUGGCCCGAGCUGUCGCCAGCGAAAGCGGCGCCCAGAUGCUCGCUGUCCAGCCCAGUGACGUCAACAACAUGUAUGUAGGAGAAUCAGAGAAGCUGGUGAAGGCAGUGUUUUCCCUUGCCAGAAGGCUGUCCCCUUGUGUCAUCUUCCUCGAUGAAGUGGACGCCUUGUUUGGGGCAAGAGCUUCCAAGGACGCAUCGGGUGGAGCCAAGGCUCAUAAUCAAGUCCUCACCGAGUUCAUGCAAGAGAUGGAUGGUCUCAGCUCAGCCAUAGCCAAUACCGAACAUCGGAUCAUUGUCAUUGGUGCGACCAACAGGCCAUUCGACUUAGACGAUGCCAUACUUCGUCGAUUGCCCAGACGGCUUCUGGUAGACCUUCCAGGACGGGCGGAUCGCAGAGCUAUCCUGGACAUUUUGCUACGAGAGGAGACGUUGGACUCAUCUGUCGACCUCGAUGCUCUAGCUGCAGAUACGGAGGGCUACUCCGGUUCAGAUCUCAAGUACCUGUGUGUCAGUGCAGCACUGGCUGCCGUCAAAGACUCGGUGCGAGUGCCGUGGCUGCACAAACCAACGAAACCAGUUCUCGACGAAUCUAGCGAUGUGUCAUCCAGUUUCGACUUGGCGGCAGGAUUGAACGAUGAUCUCCUCAUCGACGAGAUCCUCCCAGUUGCUCCUCUGGCUCUCACUCCGGACUUGCCAAAGUCUUUAGGCCCGUAUCUGGAACAUGCACUGCCUGACGACACGGACAUCAUCGCUGAAAGGGAUAGGGAUGACUCUAUCGCCGCAUGUGGCGAGGUUCCACCCGUACCAAUACCUUUACCCCAAUGGGAUUUCUACCAGUCCCUUCACCCUCAUCGACCACACAUGAUGGUACCUGUGAUGCCCGCGGUGGCCGUGACCGAAGAGAUGGAAUCCCAAAUUCCUAGCCCGACGGAUGAGAUGAUAGAUCGUGGACUGCCAGAGGACGAACUUGAGCAGUCUCAGGAGCAAGUGCCCCUGGAGGAUGAUCAGCCGGCCAAUCUGCCAUCGGGCCGAGUGUUGACUCGUUCACAUUUCUCUGUUGCCAUGAAAGAGAUACGGCCGUCCUCCACCGAAGAGGGGACACUGCCGGAGCUGAGAAAGUGGGCCGAACAGUUUGGCGAAGGAGGAACGCGCAAAGGGAGGAAGAGUGGAUUUGGUACGGGCUUUGGGUUUGGGGGAGAUCGACGCUUUGCCGAGUCAGGCUAUGGCAAAGUAGCGCAGGAAGAGUAGUGUUUGAUCAUCUAGCAUGCAUAUCUGUCCCAG